AUGCCUACCAUCGAAGAACAGAGUGGCGCGAGCAAGCAUAACCGGGCAGAGGGCGGUGUACAAGAGAUCGGCCUCCUGACGCCUGCGCCUUCACAAAGCAAGUAUACUUCGUAUCCUCAGCUGCCGCGGCGCGGGAUAGAUAGAUCGAGGAAAGACAAAGGAAAACAGAAGGCACCCGCAGGACAGCUUGACAAUGCAGCCACCGAGGACUACGCGCUUAGCGGCGUGCGUUCCUCAUCGGAGUCGAGGAGGCCUGCGAAACGCCGGAGGACGCGUCAUACCGGAUCUGCAGACAACGAACAUGAGCCCGACGAGCAUCUCGAACCCCAGACUCCGAAUGAGGCAGAGGGAGAGAAAGACAUGUACUGCGAUGCCGAGCUAGAGGCUAGCUUCCAGUUGCUCGACGUGUCGGACGUGGCUGCUGUGACAAGUAUCGCCGUCGAUCCAGCAAUACCCUUCGCAGCUUCCAAAGGACAAGGGAGCAUGUACGUCCCACCCGCAGUCGCCCACCUCAUUGAAGCCAUGAACCACGCGCUCACGCUCGAGCGCACCGCGCGACGGCGCGCGGAGGAGCGCCUCGCCGACGAGCUCCGGCGGCGCGUGCACGCGGAGCUCGUCGCAGACCUGCUCGCGCAGAAGAACGCCGUGCUCGAGGUCGAGACGCGCGCGUGGGCGAACGCCGCCGCAGAUGCGCUCGCGGAGCAGUUCGCGGGCGAGCUCGGCGCGCCUGUGGGUGCGGUCCACAGCGGUGCGCCGCUGCCGUCGGCGUCAGCGUCGCAACCAUCCCCAUCAUUGGUGUUGACGGGCAUGCCCGGGUUGGCUGCCCCUCAGGGAGAUGUGCUCCAGCGCGCUGCAGCUGUGCAGCAGUUCUUCCAGCAGCUGAUACCCAUGCCAGUUCCGACGCAGCAGAACACGACUUGA